AUGAUUCAGUGCUUUCAAAAUGAAGAAGAAGAAAAUGAAGAACAAGAAAAUGAAGAAGAACAAGAAAAUGAAGAAGAAAAUGAAGAAGAACAAGAAAAUGAAGAAGAAGAAGAAAAUGAAGAAGAAGAAAAUGAAGAAAAGGAGAGGAAGGAGAGAAAGGAGAGAAAGGAGAGAAAUGAGAGGAAGGAGAGAAAGGAGAGGAAGGAG